AGACGCACGGACACGUCACACGUCGUUUAUGUAAAUGCUUUGAUUGAAGAAAAAGAAAAAAACAUUCUGCCCUACUCUGAAAUGGAGGUGUGGAUACCACGCAUGCGCACUAUGUCCACAACUAUUCAGACCCGUCCACAAGCGCAGACAUCAACAAGAGCGGGUUAUUGAUGCGGGUUGAUUUUCAUAAUAGUCACAUCGUAACGACGCGCUCUAAGGACUACUUUGUAUUAGCUUCACGCAGCUUGCAACAAGAUGUUUGGCUUUCAUAAGCCAAAAAUGUACAGGAGUUUGGACGGCUGCUGCAUCUGCCGCGCAAAGUCGUCAAGCUCUCGUUUCACGGACAGUAAGCGGUACGAGAAAGACUUCAGGAGCUGUUUUGGACUGAGCGAAACGCGAUCUGGAGAAAUCUGUAACGCCUGUGUGCUGCUGGUGAAACGAUGGAAAAAGCUACCUGUGGGAACCAAGAAGAACUGGAACCAUGUUGUUGAUGCCAGAGGAGGUCCCAGCCUAAAGAUAACUUCCAGGCCCAAGAAGAUAAAGUCCAUCUCCAAGAAAGCCCGGCCGAGCCAGAUCAGCAGGCUGCAGAAAGAGCUUAAAAGAAACAAUUCAGAUGCUCACAGCACCACCUCCAGUACCUCCCCAGCUCAGUCUCCGAGCUACAGCAACCUGUCAGAUGACGGCUCAGACACUGAGCUCAGCCCUGGAUCCAGCCGCUCCCCUGUUUUCUCAUUCCUGGACCUCACUUACUGGAAGAGGCAAAAGGUGUGCUGUGGAAUAAUCUACAAGGGGCGCUUUGGGGAGGUGCUCAUUGACCCCCAUUUGUUCAAACCAUGCUGCCGCAACAAACGGCAGCAGCAGCAGCAAGAGGAGGAGGAAGAAGAGGAGGAGGAGGAAGAUGAGGAGGAAGAGGUGGAGAUAGAGGAGGGCCAGGUGGGCGUGGAUGUCAGCGGGCAUAAAUCCCAGACGGAAGAGGAAGUGAAGGAGACACCAAGGUGUGAGGAAAAUGCAGAGCCUGCACAGCUAUGUGUAACCGUGACAACACCUCCAACCAGUAGCGGGGCGGUGAUGGAGGAUGGGUGGUAAAGUCAAAACUCCGCCUUGCACACAUCUCUGAAGAAAUCUUGGGGUGCUGUUUUUUUUCUCAAGCACUUACAGAAAGAAGUUGCCUCAGAUUGCCUUCAAUCAUAAAGCAGCUGGAAAUCCUUUGAUCUUCUCCAUAAUAACUUUGGAGGUUUGUUUAUUUUGUUUAAACGGUAACUUAUGAACUGUUGUUUUUUCACUUUGUCUCUUAUGUUGUAUUUAAUAUUCAUGCCAUCCUGAUGAUAGACCGUCAUCUGUGGUGUUUUUGAUCUACUUUAGAUGAAAUGCUGGAGCUCUACUUUGCUGGUACAUUGAAAAUAUUUUAUUCCAAAACGCAAUAGAUCAUCAUCUUACUCACAGAAAAAAGGUGCUACUUGAAAUUCAUUAACUCAACAUUUCAAACAUACAGCUGAACCCAUUCUCAAUGUGGAUCUUUUACAAGCAUACAUGUUAAGCUUGACUAAUAUAAUGACAUUACUUUUGCUUUCUUUGUUAAGAGUAGAUAUCUCUUUUUUGAAAUGGUGGAUAUCUCGUUUUGGAAUGAAUGACACUUUACAUUGACAGAGCACAGACCUGUACAGUAGCCCUUGUGUUUGUGUCUUUUCACAUUGACAUCCAUUCCUAUCAAAGAGUCUGUGUUUGUAGACCGUCUCUGUGUGCAAAUACGUGUAUGGGUCCCAUUUAAAUAAGGCCUAUUCACAGCUUCAACAGCAAAUACACCAGCCUUAAUUAUGUGUUACGUACAGUGCUAGUGUUAAUUCUGGAUCGGUAUUAAGGAACACAAAGGGACAGUAGCUAUAUUUAUUGUGGCCUCAGCAACACAUACUGUAGUGCAUUUUGCAUGAAUGGCAAGCCCACUCAUCCAAAAGACCUAGCCUAAUGAUCUGAUGCAUGAGUCUACUAAAAUUGCAUGGCCUUAUAUAAACUGUAAAUCUUACUUUUAUUUUUUUGGAUCCAUUUCUCUGAAGUUUUAACUUAUUUUUAUAUGUAAGGUAAAAAAAAGCAAAAAUAGAAAUGUCUUUGCAUAAUAAUACCACAUAAUACAACAGCAAAACACACAAUGGGUCUAUAGUCAUUCAGCAAUAUCAAUAUCAGUGAUUCCCGCCAUUCCUGGGUCAGUAUAGGUAAAACACUUUAUACAAGUUGAAAUUCUAUGCCAUUGCCUCUUAUAUAGCACAAAUGUGUUGUUAUAUAUAGCCUAAUAUUACUUUAUUUAUCAAACGAAAGCCAAAGCACAUUGAAAUUCACCCAAUGUCAAAUCAAAUCAGGUUUUCUAUGGACACUUGUGCUUGUGCGAGGUCAUUUGUAUGUAUGUUUAUGGUAUUCUAAACAGAACACUAAUAUGAAAAUUCAUACAUGUGAUGUUGUAGUCGGGAGCAGAGGGGAUGUUAUGUACAUAAUGGGUUGGGUAAGCCAUAUGGCUCAUAUAUGGGUUUCAUUAUUUAUUUAUUUCAUAUUUAUUUGUAUCACUGCAUCCCCGCUUAGAAGUGUAAUACUAUGAAUUCUUUUCAUCUUUAGCUUAUACGUAGAAUGGUUUUGUACUUCAGAAAUCGAAUGUAAUUCUCUCGCAGGCUUUGUUUAACAUUGCGUUGAAUUACUGGUUGUCAAUAUUUGUGAAAUGUUAAGUAUUUAUUUACUCAUCAGUUGAGUUGCGUGCAACCUAACUUAUUCUGUACCAUCACUUUGGAUCUGUAUCAUGUAGACUGAGACGAAUGAUAGAUUGCAACCAAACUGUACUUUUCCCCUUUUAGCCUGUAGCUGAAAAAUGUUACAGAAUUGUAGGACACUUAACUCUAGACUUGCAUGUACUGUUGCUAUGCAUUUACUUAGCUUACAAGGUAGACAAAGCGGUUUUGUAUUUUUUAUAAAUCAUGUACGUUUUUUACUUGUCCCUUAAUAAAAGUAAUUUUGUGAGUUUUCUGGAA